UCUCCAUCAGCGCCUUAUUGUAAAAAUCGACUCCUCUCGAGCAAGUACAAGCAUCCAUAGCACAAGCAUAGUAACUUCGCACUCCUCAAAGCGACUGGACCACUUUCGCGAACCCACAUCUUACUAGAGUUUCCCUGUGGUUGUGUCUUGACCGAUGGCUACCGCAACGCCAUGUGGGAGGAGAUGCUGCGGGAUUGCAGCACUAGCGGUGGCGUUGACGGUGCUGCUACCCCUGGCUUCACUUCCCCUCGCACUAUCCCUUGGCCACAAGGCUCCUCGGAUCGUCUCGACAGCAGCUGCUGACACAGCAGGCGGCUUACCUGACGGCGCCACGUGUACGCUCAACAACAACCACCGGCCUGUCGGGCGUCCCUGCGCCUCCAGCUCCUUCCAUUGCGUGGUGACGCGCGUUCCUACUCCCGCCAACGCCCUCUACACUGGUGUCUGCAACUCUUCCUACGCUCUGGGCUCGCACUGCAUGUACACGAGUCAGCCGUACGCUGUUGGCACGCGGGGCAUCAAGGGCAACCCGGCCUGCGCGCGCUGCACCUGCACCAACCACCCCGAGAAGGCGCAGGAAGUGGCGGCGGUCGCAGCCGCCGCAGCCGACUACGCCGCUUCAAUAAACAGCAUCGAGGGAUGGCGUUUAGCGGGGACGCGCGGGGGCGCGGGUGGGAGGAGCGGCGUGAAUAGCCUGAUUGGCCUGAACACGGCGGAGUGCGACUGCGAGGACGUGGGGCCGUGCUACGUGGACUGGCAGGGCGACCUGGUGAAGGGACCCAAGGGGGACGGCGUCAUCUGCCCGGAGACCAGAAGGUGCAUGAUUCACACGGUGGGUGGCGGGGGAAACGACAACGACGGCCGGCCAGUGGACCAGGGCACGUGCGAGGGCUUUGGAGAGGAGGCGGUGUGCGUGGCGGCGGGGAAGAGCUGGGGGCCCAAGUUUUACGUCGAAGGGACUGACGGCGUGCCCGGGCCCAGGGGACGCUGUGAGCAGUGCACGUGCGGGGAGAACGGCGCCCUGCUUGCGUGCAACCUGGUGCGCGGAUGCGGGAAAGCGAGUGGCAGUAUUGCGAGUGCCAACAGCCUGACGAGCUCGGGCCUUGUGAGCAACAGGGCGAGCACUGAGAGCACUGAUGGGACAACGAGGAGGAAGAAGGGAGGCAAGAAGAAUGGGGGGAAGAAGGCGCGGAGGAACAGCCAUGGGAAGAAGAAACAUACUAGCACGGCUGCUAAGAGGAAGCAGGAGUAGGAGUGCAGGUGGGGCGACGCGGCUUAGAAUAGGAUGUGGGUGUGCAUAUGCCGAGAUGUUCUUCUCUUGAGGGAAGUGCAGCAGCAUUCGAUAAUGCAAGUGCCGAAUUGCAUAAUCCCAUGGAGAUUAUAGAAAAUUCUAGCGGAAUUUUGUGUGACAGUGGACUUCACUUUUGUAAUUUGCCACGCAUGAAUGAUACUCCAGAAAG